GCGCUGCAAUAAAAAUGUACUCUGUGGUGCGCUGCGCUUGCUUUGCUUGCUUUGGUUGGUUGGUUUUCUUCGGAAAAUCUGAAUAGAAAUAAUACCAGUAGCGUAUCAUUUAUUAUUUAUACUUGUUGAUUUGAUUACGAAACAUUAUAUAAGACGUUAGUUUAUUGUUUAUAUUAAUAAAAAAUAUAUUACUUUACAAUAACUGUAAACUAUAAUGAAAAUUGCAAUAUAAAAUCAGCUUUUUCUAUUACCUACCGUUGCGCCGGUGUUGACCGUGUGUAUUAUUUUGUAAUUAUAACAUUAAAAGUAUGUCUGACGCGUGGGAAGAGAUUCAAGCAGUGAAAAGCAAGAGGAACAGUUUGCGAGAGAAACUUGAGAAACGUAAAAAAGAGAGACAGAAUAUUUUAGGCGCUAAUUUAGUGCCCGAGAGAGCAGAAGGUUCGCCGGGACCCAAAGAAAAGACUGUAUUAAGUCCAGGCUCACAAAAAAAUGAAGCCUCCCAAUCUUCAGAAAAGCCGAAAGCAGUGCCACUAGCGUCUCUCGAAGUGCGCCUGCUGCAGGUGCUAUCAGACAUGCAGCUGCAGCUGCCCGCGACGGCCCGGGCGCUGCUGCCGGGGCUGGGUGACGUGGACGCAGGAAUCGUUGCCAAUUUACUAGAGAAAUUCGCCACACAAAAGUUAAUUACAAUAACUGAACGGUCAGAAAGCACAACAGAUGGUGACAUUGAGGUGGUGAGCGCUGAGUCUGUGCGGUUAGCAGCUGUGCUCGCAGCUCUCAUGGAAGAGCAGUCUGCUACUAGCAAAAGGAAAGGUGAAGCUGUUACAGAAGAAAGUCCAAAAGCCAAAGUAACCAAAACAGCGAGUGUUGAAAAGAAAGCUCAAAAAGGCACGGAUAUUAUGUCCCUCUUAGCAAUGCCUUCAAGUAGAGAGAAAGCAGUGAAGAGAGUGGGAGAAGAAAUAAUGGAUCUGCUCAGCAAACCGACCGCCAAGGAGAAAUCACUGGCCGAUAAGUUCAAAAGUCAAGGAGGCGCCCAGGUAAUGGAGUUCUGUCCGCACGGCACACGAGCCGAAUGCGCCCGCGCUGACGCCAAACAAGACUCGAGGUGUCCGUGCAAGAAGCUGCACUUCAAGAAGAUCAUUCAGUCUCACACGGACGAGGCGCUCGGCGACUGCUCCUUCCUCAACACCUGCUUCCACAUGGACAGCUGCAAAUAUGUGCAUUACGAGGUGGACAACACUGAUCCAAACGCUAAUGUCAACAAAAAUGUCACAGAAACUGCACCCAAGGGCUCACACAAUGGUACGCCUCUAGCGGCCAAACCGGACGGCGUGCUGACUCUGACCCCCCCGCAGUGGAUACAGUGCGAUCUGCGGUAUUUGGAUAUGACGUUCUUAGGCAAGUUCGCGGUGAUAAUGGCGGACCCGCCGUGGGACAUCCACAUGGAGCUGCCGUACGGCACGAUGUCGGACGACGAGAUGCGGUGUCUGGGCGUGCCGCAGCUGCAGGACAGCGGGCUCAUAUUCCUGUGGGUCACCGGCAGGGCGAUGGAAUUGGGCCGUGAAUGUCUAAAACUGUGGGGGUACGAGCGAGUGGACGAACUCAUAUGGGUAAAGACGAAUCAGUUGCAGAGGAUCAUCAGAACUGGUCGGACUGGACAUUGGCUCAACCACGGCAAAGAACACUGCUUAGUGGGAAUGAAAGGCAAUCCGGAAAAUCUGAACCGGGGACUGGAUUGUGACGUCAUCGUGGCCGAGGUUCGCGCCACCUCGCACAAACCCGACGAGAUUUAUGGCAUCAUCGAAAGACUGAGCCCUGGUACAAGAAAAAUUGAAUUAUUCGGUCGACCGCACAACGUUCAGCCAAAUUGGAUAACCCUGGGGAAUCAAGUGGACGGCGUACGCCUUGUGGACCCGGAACUCAUAGCGGCCUUCCAGAAACGGUACCCUGACGGGGACUGCAUGGCGCCCCCCGCCGCUGACGCCGGCCUACCAUAGAUCUUGAGUUUAGAACACGAAUUAUAGCACAGACGGAGAAAACUAAGAAGACAGAUAAUCAAACUGUUUACAAAUGAUUAAAAAUCGAUGCUAGCAUGAAUAUUAUAUAUAUAAAAAAGACAUUGAAUCAAAGUUUAUUUCAACUUGUAAAAAUGUAAAUAUUGUAAAUAAAUAAACUAAG